GGUCUCACACACGAGGACGAUUGCAUUGGGGCUUGGUGUUCACACAGGGGCCAGAGAUUAAAAAAACAGGGUUCCAUGUGAGUGAACUUUGGAAAAACGUGUCGUCGUUUUUCCUCUCCUUACACUAGGAAUCGGAUGCCGAAUGCUGCAUGGAUGCGAUGGAAGCCAACAGCACCUGCCUCGCCAACAGCCAGUGCACUCCAGGCUGCUACAGGCGGUGGAACGAAGACGGCAGCAGCAGCUGCGUGAAAUGUGAGAACAACAAAACCCUCCCCGCGGCUCCAGUGUACAACCUGACGGACUGUCAAAACGAUGCAGCCAGGGAAUUCAGUCCAGUGUCCAACAUAACCACCGUAACCCCAGAGACCCUCGGCGUGGGAGGCCCAGAAGUCGCGGCUUCCCUAAUUUUGGGCACCUUUGUGAUCAGCCUCUUCCUCAUCCUCUGUGUUGCGUCCUUCUUCUACCUCAAACGUGCCAAUAAACUCCCCAGUCUCUUCUAUCGAAGAAGCAAAGGGUCCAUUGUACAGUCUGCUGAAUCAGCAUCCAUGUUGUCCCCUCCUUCUUCAAUCCGGAAACCCCGCUACGUCCGAAGGGAUCGUUCGCUCGCCAGCUCCACCACCAGCACGACUCUGUCCGCCGAGACCCGGGUCAGCAACGUGUAGCCGUCGGGACUUGUAAAUACGA